CGGGGCGGCACCUCGCUUGAGCGGCGCCAUCUGGGCUAGCGCGGCGCGGCGGCUCCGGAGCAGAGGGGAGCGAGUCCGCCCGCCCGCCGUGCCCCUUCCCCGCGGGCCGACAUGGGGCUCGCCUGCCGCCUUUCCGCGCUCGGGCUGCUGGUGCUGCGCGUCUUGCUGGUAUGCACCCAGUCUCAAGAUCAAGAGUCUGUGUUUGCCAUUGUGGGAGAAGAUUUUACUUUUUCACCAAAAGUUAAUGGAACUAUAACAGAAAUUACCUGGAUAAAAAGAAAAGAUAAAGUGGCUGAAUGGGAAAGUGGUGUUGUGUCACCUAAAUAUUAUUUUAGUUUUGAAAACAGAGCAACGCUUGAGACAUCUUCUGGCAAUUUUACCAUCAAAAAGUUAAGCGCUGGUGAUGCUGCAGAGUAUGAAGCACAAGUUCUGCCUGAUGGUGAUGGCCCGCUCCAAUAUACAAAAUUUGUACUUGAAGUAUUGGCUCCUCCUCCACCAUCAGUAUUAAAUUGCAGUGUCACUAAUGGUCAGAUUAGAAUAUCGUGUGCGAUACAGUUCUCAAAGGAUGUGCGCUACAGUUGGUAUAGUAAUGACAGAAAAAUUGAUGCUAAUAGUCCUGUUCUCGAACUUGAAGAAAAUGCAGACCCUUCAGGGGAAGUUUUGUGCGUCAGAGAAGUCUCCAAAACAAAAAUCAACAGCUCAAUCUCUCUGAGCGUAUGCAUCCCAGAGAGUAAUAAAAGUAUUUCAAGAGGUAGAGAUGGUUUAAUAGCAAUUUUUGUUAUUCUUCUCCUUCUCUUCAUGGUCACACUCUUCGUUCUGUGGAAAAGAGGUUUGCUUUCCAGCAUUCUCCGUCGAGUACCCACAAAGCACUCAGCUGUAUAUAAGCCUGAAGAACAACACCUUACAGAUGAUAACAGAUUCCCGGAAGAAAGUGGCCAAAAAGAAGAUCCUGAAUAUGAAAAUUCACGUGAUUUUGAAGUUGCAGCUGAUCAAUCAGAUGAAGCAACAAAGUUGGUGCAGAUAGAAGGUGUGCCAGUGAUCCUCCAUUGUGUUAAUGAAAGCCAAACUGAGAAAGAUGAAAAGAAGAACUCAGAAGAGACUGUAUCAACGAGCCAGGCUGAUCUUUCCUGCAAUCCAGAGAAUCCAGACUGUGAGAAUAUCUCCAAGGAGAAUCAGGAGCCAGAGGAAAAGAAGAACUCAGAAGAGACUGUAUCAACGAGCCAGGCUGAUCUUUCCUGCAAUCCAGAGAAUCCAGGCAGGAAAAUAUCUCAGGCAGGAAUCAGGAGUCAGGCAUGGAAAAGAACAGGAAUGUUUUAGAUCCUGUAUGACCACGUCUAGGGAAAGUACAUUAGAUUGCUAGAGCUUGUCCACAGCUAAAAGCUCUAAACAUCCCUGAACGUUCCAGACCAUACAUGUGACAUGUGCACAUAGCUUCUCAAGUUAUAGUACUCACGGCUGGCAUGGCUUUCAGUGGUUAAUGCUGUCUGAUGGGGGCGAAUCUCAAAGGUGCCAAGUGGCCAUAAAUGUUAGAGCUUUAGAUAGAAGAUUAACACCGAUAUCCGUAUAAGAACUAGGAUUGGUUGACAGGACUUGUGAUAGCAAAUCAGUGGUUGUAGAUGAAGUGGUUAAUGUGCCUAAUUAUCCUUGACUUCUCAGAUUCCAGUUCCAGAUUUAAUCAGGGAUGGAAUUCACUAAAAGUUGCACCUUUCAGUGCUUGAACAUGUUGUGUUUCACUAUUGGGCUGGCUCAGGACAUGGCUACACUCAAAACUCCAAAGCGUUGCCGCGGGAGUGCUUUGAAGUGCUAGUGUGGUCGCGGCGCUCCACC